AUGCGAUGCGCGAGCAAGGCCUCCGAGAGCGCGUCUGCACGUCUCUGUGCGGACGCCGAAGCAGAAACAACAGCAACUGAUGUCUCAUCGGUUGUUGAAGCGACCCAGCCUGUGUCACUUGGUGAUGCAGGCGCUGGUCAUGAAGACACUCGUGUCUUCACAGAGUACGAGCUCGGUGUCUCGUACUCUCCUGAUACGGAUGACGGAUCCGUAUCGACGGCGAUUGAAUCCAAGCCGCCUGCUAAGCGUGGCAUGGACGAUGCUUUGCGUCGCAGCAUCUUUGGUUCAUCUGAUUCAUCAGAUGAACCAUCGCCGAAGCGAAGGCGCUCGAGGUCGCGAGACUCGGGCGCUAAUAGUGGUGUCGGUUCUCCUAUGGACACCACUUCACAGCGAGGUGCCAGUACUUCUGUCGGCACGUCGCAGGAAGAGCGGGACCGCAAUGUGUUGCGUCUCGCUCCUGAGAAGAAGGCAUGGAUGCCUCCUAAAUCAGUCAUGGAUCACUUGUCGGCGACGACGAGUGAUCGUUAUCGAACACGAUUGUUCGAUUCGUCAAGGAUCCAUCACCUUGACCCCAGCGCGAAAAACUAUCACACUAAGCAUGAAUUCUUCAUCGAUGCUUUCUUUAGACAUCGAUGGUACAGUGGGAAUCACAAACGUGAUGGUCCCUCACUACUUCAGGCGUGGAACGCCUACAUCCAUAACCUCGAGGAUGUAGGUCGUGACGCUUGGAACGACAAGCUUAUCAAAGCUCGUAAUAAGUUUGAAAAGCGGACCCCGACAGGUGCACGCUACAAGCUGCAUCGUCUGUCAAGGGAGAAAGGAUUACCCUGCCUCUCUUGGGGAGACUCGUGCCCAUGUUGUGUAAACAACUCUGCACGAGGACCUAAGUAG